GAGGGAGGGAGAGAGGGAAGCAGCCGAGGCAUCCCUUGCUCUCUUCCUCUCGCUCUGCCCGCAGGAGAAAGUUCUCCAGGGCAAAGCUUGGAGAGAGAGAGCCGCGUGGGAGCUUUUCUUUCGGGAGCGACAGACCAAAGGAGGCGGGAGGAGGCGGCUUUGCUCUGGGCAAGGCAGAAACCCCCUUCAAGUCCGCUUCUCAUCCGCGCGCGUCCAGGCAAGAAGCAGCAGGAGCGGCAUUCCUUCCUUCCUGCCUUCCUUCCCUCUGCGAAGAUGCGCUCAGGCGGGAUGGAGCCUUCCUUCCUCCUGGCCCGGACUGACUGACUGACUGAUUGACAGGCUGGGGGCUCCUCCGGGAUGCCCGCCUGGCAGCGCCUCCGGAGAGGGAGGCUCCGGCUGGUUCUGAGGCGCUGCUCGCUGGCCGCCUGCCUCUUCCUUUGCGCCUGCUGGGCGGCAGGGGGCGCCUUCGUGCUCGCCUUCCUGGCCCGCGGAGGGCUCUUCUUCUCCGGCCGGUGCACUGAUGCACACAGCCAACGCAUCCUGGCCAGGCUGUGUCUCGACUACAGGAAAGGAGCCUUGACAGGAGAUCUUUGUGAAGACCUAUGUGUGGCACAGAAAUUGAUAUAUACACGUUGCCUUUAUUAUGAAAGAGGUAAGAAAGUCAUCCAGGCUGACUGGAGAGGCCGUCCGGUGAUUCUGAAAUCAAAAAACGAAAUAUUCUCGAGCUACCACCACCUUGGCUUUCUGGAGGAGCUUGAAUCACAAGGUGUUCCAGAGGCUGAAUUGCUUCUGAUGGUUGCUUUGGAAAUCAAGAACGUUCUGGGCUUAGACCUUCCUAAUAACACAAUGGGACCUUUGUGGACUAAGAGGAGAGGCCCACACUGGAAAGCACAGCUAGCAAGUAUGUGGUCCUUACUCCAACAAGAAGAAUAUAUUUACUUUAGUGUAUUGCAAGAUUUCAGUAAACAUGUCCUAAGGGUCAUUGGCUCUUGCGGCCACUUCUAUGCUGUGGAAUAUUUGACUGCAGGACACGCCUGGCACAAAACAUUGUUUUCAGUUGAAGAUGCUCUUGGUGCCUCCUUCUCUGGGAUUGGAAAUAAGGCUAAGGCCAUCACUGAAAUAGCAAUAAGCUUUUUGGAUAUGGUGAAACACUUUGACAAUGAUUUCUCCCACCGGCUUCAUCUCUGUGACAUCAAACCUGAAAAUUUUGCCAUCCGAAAUGACCUUACGGUGGUUGCUAUUGAUGUAGAUAUGGCUUUUUUUGAACCCAAAAUGAGAGACAUCCUUGAACAGAACUGUACCGGAGACCAAGACUGUAAUUUUUUUGAUUGCUUUUCGAAGUGCGACCUGAGGAGCAGAAAAUGUGGAGCAGAGAGAGCCAAUAAUAACCUUCAAGUUAUCUGCGAUAAAAUAUUUCGGCCCUGGUUCUCACUGAACUUCGGGGGGUCUGCCCUCUCCUUCCCUUUGCAGCUACAGUUACAGAAAGCAGUGAAUGAAUGUGCCAAAUCAAGAACUAUGGACAUUGAGCAUCUCCAGAGCCAGUCUCCAGAUUCCCUUUCCCGGUUAUACCAGUUGCUUCAAGCCAGUCAAAAGGAACUUCAGGAAGCUGACAACCCCUUCAUAAAAUCCACCCAGGACUUACAGUUACUCAGUGAAAAAUAACCUUCACUAUUAUUUCCUUUUAAUUCAGUUAAUUUCUGCUUAUUGGCUUUUUACCGGGUUUUGGAAGCCAUGAAAGAAAAUGCAGUGUGUUUAUUAUUUUUACUUCCUGAAAUGUGAAAUCGUUUUCCUUGGACUCUAUUUUUGUUUUGCUCCCAAACUCACGCUGUUUCUCCUGUUGAUAUUUUGCAUUAUAUUGUUCAUCCAGCAGGCAGCAGGAGAACCUGCUUAAGUUAAUACUUGACCCAAGGAUGGAAAAACAUUAAAAUUUCAAAUGUGCUUUGGAGGAGAGGGGAAAAAAUGCUUUGAGGAUUAAUUCUAGCUUUGAAGUAAGGGCAUGAGGUGAGCAACUAAAUGGGUAUUGUUCAUAGGAGGUUGUGUAGAAUAAUUCACUAACAAGAAAGUGACACCCCAUCUACACUGCCAUAUAAUCUAGUUUAAAGCAAAUAAUCUGCAUUCAGAAAAUGGAUUAUAUGGUCAGUGUAUGUUCUGUCACGCGCUGGGCCUGUUAAAAGGUCUGUAGACAGGAUGUGUUCUGUAUGCCCAACGGGACGCCGGGGGUGCCUCGGAUUAGAGGCCCUAUAGAUUUCCCUAAACAAAGUCUUUAGAAACUUGGAAAGUUUAACAAAGUUCUUUAUUAGUGCUUCAAGGCUGAAUCAACUCAUGGCUUUCUUAAUCUUGUCUACAAGGGACAGGUAACUAUCUUCAUGAACUGUUUCUUUACAAUCAGGGAAAUCCUUGACCUUUACCUAGGCAAUCUGUAUUAGGCUCUGUUGGCAUGGGCCCCUACAGCCGGUCCAAAUUGCAUUAUGGCUGCCGCGAGUGGUCCUUACAGAACAGAGUCUUUUUGUAGAUUUCCAAGAGGAAAGAAGGUCUUCAAUUCCCAGCGAAGACUGGCUGUAAAGCUGUGGGACUGGAUCCCCCCAGCAAAAAGCUGUAGUUCUCUGUAGAGCUGUGGGACUGAAUUCCUCCAGCAAAAGCUAUAAAAGACGAAGCUUUCUACAGGUGGAACUGAUUCACGUCCUGUACGAAAGGCUUCUCUGUGUGAACUGAACUAGAGGUCCAUUUUUCCCCUCCUAAACUCAGAAAAAGGGGUGGAACUAAAGAACCUAAUGAUGAUUGAUGGGUCAUUGGCCCUAUACUUGCAAACCAAGGGAAGCCACCUUAUUGCAAAAUGCAUGGAACCUUGGAAUGCAUGCAAACACUCAAAGAAAGAAAAAGAAGCUGGAGCUCCUGGUACAGCUGUACCAGAACAGUGUAGAUGGGGCCUAAGUUGAUAUUUGAAUGAAGGACAAUUUGCCAAGAAGUUUGUCCAUGUUAUUUUAUCUUUGCUGGCUCUCUGUAACUACAAAUCUAAAGGCUUAGGCCAAGCCUCUUUUAGUACCACAUUCAGUGGUGAAUCAUUGAAUAGGUCAUGAGAUCUGUUUUUUAAUGUUCCAUAGAGAUUGUGGAAUUUUUUUUUACUGCAGCUCUUGGACUUUCCUAGCUAGCGCAGCCAUUGUGGAAGUUAUAGCUUGCAAAAUAACAUUUCCAGACUCUAGCUUUAAUGAUGCUGCAACACUGUAUUGCAACAAGAGUGGGAAUCCACUCUUGUAGAAGGACCUGGAAUUCAGGACCAAGGGGUAUCUUAGACUUGACUUGUGGUUUUGUAUUGAUUGUGUUUGUUUUAUCACCUUACAAAGGGCAUGUCCUGGGGAAGGAGUGUGUGUGUGUGGGGGGGUGGGGUGGGUGUCAGUAGAGUGAAUCAUCUGUUACUUUGGUUCGCAUUUAAAAAAAAAACAAAAUCCAAACAAA